AUGCUCUCCGAAAGUGUCACUCGAUUGCGUCUAUCUCAACCCCCGCACUUCCAUUGGUCCCCAGGACAAACGGCGUAUCUAAUAAUGCCCUCAAUUUCGACCCUGCCAUUCGAAGCGCACCCCUUUACUAUUGCGAGUUUUGAUUCUAGAGCUGGUAUUUUUGGUCAACGUGCAGGGAGGUUUCACGAAAAAGUAACUGUAGAUGGUCCUUACGGGCCAUCUCCUGACCUCGGUUCAUACGACACCUCUGUAUUGGUGGCAGGCGGGUCUGGUGUCUCGGUUUUCCUUGACAUCAUUGAACGCGUACGCAAGGGGAACAGCUCUUGCACACGCGUGGUUUUCAUUUGGUCUAUUCGUGGGGCUGAGUUUGUCCAAUGGAUCGAAGAAGCACUUAUCAAUGCUGUUCAGCUUGCUCCGCCUUCCUUGGCAAUCUCUUAUCCGCAUCUUUAUCACAGCUUCCCCAUCCAGGGAAGACGAUUCCAGCAUUCAAGGUUUGACUGA